CGUCCACGCAGUAAUAGUGCCCAGGCUAGUAAACAGGGGUGUGUUCGCGCUGCGCCGACAUUGGCUCCCCGCUUGUCAAUGUGCAGUCACGUGGUAUCACACGGGCGGCCAUGUUUUCUGAAACACAAACAACAAGAGAAAAGCAGCAGCAGCAGCAGCGACUCGGAGCCAGCAGACACACACACACUGAGCGACCGUUGGAGGAGAGGGAAAAGGAAAAAAAAAACAAAAAAAACACAACAACAGAUUAAUAAAUAAAACACGGAGCACGAUUUUGUUUUUCUCAGAGUACUAUUCUGUCGAAUGAAUACGUUUACAGUGUUUAAAAAGACCAAUGCAUACGAUAUAUUGGCGAUAGAAGCGCCGUGCAGAGCAGCAGUCUGAAAGGCCUGCGAAGGGAGGAGGACAGGAAAUUAAGGAGAUACCUUGAAGGUCUCCGUCAAUCCACAUUUCAGCUGGAGCGCGAGGAGGAAAGCCGCAGAGGAGGAGAGAAAGGAGAGGAGGAGCGCGAGUCGUGCCUGCGUUUGGCAGCUGUUCCAGCAGCCGCUUGUGUUGUUUCGGCUGAUCGUUUUUUUUUCUCUUUCCUCCUGCGUCGGCCUUUUUGUUUUUUGAUGAACAGAUUCAUAUUUCUGACUUUAAUGUGAGAUGCAACUGCUGUAAAACAAAAGAACGGAAACAUUAUAUCUUGGAGAGAGCUUUCUUUUGGUUCCAUUCUUGAUUACCGAGGUUCUUUUUGUUUAUUUUUUUAUGUUUUACAACUUUUCUCAGCUGUGAGUAGCAGGAGCUUCCAUUCUCCCAACCAUCAUCAAAGCCCUUCUUUCCGUAGUUAGGACCUGAUAACCUGGUAUUCCUCAAGCACCUGAAACUGGCAGCUAUUCUCUUCGUCUUUGUGUGUUUGGGGAGUUCUUCUGUGACCACAGCUUAAGCACCACUCAGCCUUCUAGUCACCUAAGCCUAACUAAAUCCAGCCAGCUCUAGCCUGGUCCAGCCCAGUCCAGCCUGCUCCGAUUAUCUGGACAGGAUACUCAGUUCUGUUUGGACGUGAGGAAUAUGACUGCUGAGACUCUUAACUUCGGCCCAGAAUGGCUUCGUGCACUGUCCAGUGGGGGGAGUGUGACGUCUCCCCCUCCUUCCCCCGCCAUGCCAAAGUACAAGCUGGCCGAUUAUCGCUACGGCCGAGAGGAGAUGUUAGCACUUUAUAUCAAAGACAACAAGGUCCCAGAGGACAUGCAGGAUAAGGAGUUUGCUGCUAUUUUGCAAGAUGAGUCCAUGCAGCCCCUGGCAUUGGUGCCUCUCACCGAGGAGGAGCAGAGGAACUUCUCCAUGUCCGUGAACAGCGCAGCAGUGCUGAGGCUCAUGGGAAAGGGGGUGGGAGGGACUGCACCCGCGGGAGUCGUCCGUGGACGAGGGGCCACUCGAGGUGGUCGAGGCCGAGGCCGUGGUGAAGGGGGAUUCUACCAAAGAAGCAUCGAGGACACAGAAGUGGGUUUUAGUCGCAACGUCCGAGAGAUACACCGCAGCCAGAGCUGGGACGACCGGGGCGAGCGUCGAUUUGAGAAGCCGCUGCGGCGGGAGGUGGGGCGUCCCAGUUUCGAAGAAAGCAGUGGUCCCGCGGGUCCUGUGAGGAAGGAGUACACAAGGGCCGACAGCGAUAACUGGCGCACCCUCCGCGAGGAGCAGGAGGAGGACGAGGGCGAGCCGGGAACCAAUUGGAGACUCUCUGGAGCCCGCAGGGACGAUGGUGGUCCUCGCUCAGCGGGCUGGCGGGAUCAUAUCGGCCCAGGUGAAGGUCGCCGAAGGAAGUUUGAUUUCGACUUCCGGGACUCCGAGGGUCACGGUGCUGGCCGCCGUCGUGCAGGGAGCGAGGGGUUGGAGGAUGACAGGGACGGCCUGCCUGAGUGGUGCACAGAUGAGGAGGAUGGAGAGAUGGGCACGUUUGACUCGUCGGGAGCGUUCAUGCCCAUGAAGAAGGGUGGUAAGGAGACAAUCUUGGAAGAAGAGUUUGAGUUUAAGGGCAUAGAGGAGGAAGAAGAGGAGGAGAGCUUUCCCGAUGCAGAGAGGAACAAUGGAGAAGGAGAUAAAGAAAAGGCUGCUCAUAUAGAGAAUAAAAACACCCUUCCUGCUCCAGGGGAGGACCAAAUGAAGCCAGCAACACCCUCCUGCUCCCCCCCAGCCCACUGUGCCCCGCCAUCACUGGAGCUGCAACCUGGAAGUGCUGGUCAAGUGAUGGAUUCUUCUCAGUUGAACAACAGCCACUCUGUCAAGGCCAGCAGCGCCCCUGGUGACGACUUUGCCUCCGUCGGGGGCUCCAAGGCCCAGCUCAGCCCCAGCGUCGCCACGUCCAGCUCCUCUUCCAGCCUACCUCCCCCACCCUCUUCCUCUGCUGCUCCGCUCCUCCCUCCUUCUGCAGGAGACCCCGAGGACGAUGAAGGCCUGAAACACCUGCAACAGGAGGCAGAGAAGAUGGUGGCGUCGCUGCAGGACACCUCCUUGGAGGAGGAGUGUUUCACCCAGGCUCUGCAGCAGCAGCAGGAGAGCAGGAACACGGCGGCGGCUCUGCCAUUAUCUCACGAAGCUGCCAUGAAGUGGUUCUACAAAGACCCGCAGGGAGAGAUCCAGGGUCCGUUCACCACGGUGGAGAUGUGCGAGUGGUUCCAGGCCGGCUACUUCUCCAUGACCCUGCUGGUGAAGAGGGGCUGCGACGAGGGCUUUCAGCCCCUGGGGGACGUCAUCAAGAUGUGGGGCCGGGUGCCCUUCGCCCCCGGGCCCUCUCCGCCGCCCCUGCUGGUGAGACAGCUUCCGCCAACGCAGCGUACACAGCCCAGCCGGGGGUCCGCCGGGACGGGGAACCUGGACCAGGAGCGGCUAAAAAAGCAGCAGGAGCUCGCGACGGCAGCUCUUUAUCAGCAGCUCCAACAGCAGCAGCUAUUCCAGCUCAUUAACAGGUGCAGUGAGCAGGGUAUGAUGCCUUCGAUGAACAGGUCGAUGUCAGUGCCAGAUACAGGGUCCAUGUGGGACAUGCAUACCUCAGCUUCACAGUCUUCAGGCGGUGAAGCCAGUCUUUGGGACUUAACAAUGAAUCCCAAUACUCAGGGUCCAACUCUUGAACAGCUUCAGAAGCUCCAGGAGAGGCGAGACGCCGAACUCAGGGCGAAGCGCGACGAGGAGGAGCAGCGCAAGAGGAGGGAGGAGAAGAGGAGGCAGCAGGAGGAGCAGAAAAGGAGGGAGGAGGAGGAGCUGUACAGACGCAAGCAGCGUCAGCAGCAGGAGCUGCUCAUGAAGCUGCUGCAGCAGCAGGCCCCCCAGCAGCAGGGGCCUGGAGUGGGAGGCUCAGGUUGGAGCAGUGCUCCCUCUUCUGGGCUUUCAAAGGCAGGAAAGUCUCUCACCAUGCUGGAAAUUCAGGAGGCAGAGAGGAUUUUAAAGCAACAGAGAGCCCAGCAGCAAAGACAUCAAAGUCUGUCCAUAGGGAGCUCCUCCAUGGGCGGGCAGUGGGCCGACGGCGUCGGCAUGUGGGGCGGGCCCGGUGGUCUGGAGGGGAAGGGUGGAAGCGGAGGCUCUUCCAGCAGCAUGGGCAUGUGGGACGAGGCGGUGAAGAACCAGGCGGGCCUGCGUGGGAGCGCCAACAACAACUUGGGCUUGAAGAACAGCCGCAGCAGCCCCUCACUGACCGAUCAGUAUAUGAUGCGUCGUAAGAGAACAGAGGAUGAGGAGAAGCUGCUGAAGCUGCUGCAGGGCAUGAAGCCUCAGGACGGCUUCACCACCUGGUGUGAACAGAUGCUGCACGCUCUCAACACCUCUGCCAGCAACUCCUCUUCCUCUCUGGAUGUUGCCACCAUCGUGGCGUACCUGAAGGAGGUGGAAUCUCCCUAUGCAGUGCUGGAUUUCAUCCGGUCCUACCUUGGGGACACAGUGGAAGCCAAAGAGUUCGCCAAACAGUUUCUUGAGCGACGUGCCAAACAGAAAGCCAACCAACAGAGACAGCAGCAGCAGCUAUCAAAAGAAGUGGGUGGGUUGAACAUGAACUUCCCUCUGCAGGACUCAAUGCGAGGAAUGAAUCCAAACACUCUGCAGUCCAUGUUUCAGGCCAACCACAUGGGCAAAGCUGGUCUCUAUGACAACCAGGGAGGAAAGAUGAAGAAGAAACCACCCAUGAUGCUGCACUCUGAUCCCAGCAUCUUAGGGUACUCAUUCCACAACACGGGCGAAUGUCUGAGCAUGAAUGAGAUGGAGAUGGUGGAGGAUUACUGAUGUGACGCAGCGCAGCAGCAAUAGCUACCUGAGGCCUUUUCUGUCUUUUAAUCAGACAAACCUGAUGACGAAUGUGCACUGCUGGGGGAACCGGGGGGGGGGGAGGACGGGGAAUCGGUUUGGGUCGGGUUUUUGGAGGCGAAGGGAGCAAGCACGAGAGAAGGUGAAGGGUUAAUCCCUUCAUCUCCCUCUGGUUAUUAAAAAAAGGGCUCCCUGCUGCACCAGUUGAAUACUAGAGCAGGGAAGAGGGGGUGAGCUGGGGUGAGGUUUGGAUGGGUAUCCUCUGGCACUCAAAAGUUUAAGCACCUUAUUCUGAACUAUUGCACUUUAUUGAGAUGGGAUUUGACUAGUUGUUUUAUUUCAUACGUGUAUAGAUUUGUGUUUGGAAUCAUUGCGGGCGUGAUGAUGCGAGUUCGUACGCGUCAUCUGCGUGCAUCUGAACUGGAAGCAGGCUGGCAGGCGGUGGGGUGACGUCAGGUUUGUAAAAGUCAGGGGGACCUUUUAGUUUGAACCUUAUCAGAACGCAAAUCCUUUCUCAAAAGACAAACACUGUUGAUAUUUCUCUUGUUGAGCAUUUUUUUUUACAUUUAUAUAAAAAGUAAAGCUAUUGAAAAAAAAAAAUGGAGUAUAAAAAAACUUGAAGAUUUGCACUUGCCUAAAAAAAAGAAAUGACAAAAACAAAAAAAAAAUCCAACUAAUGGGGUUAGUUUAUAGAAGUGAAUAUUUUCGUGAAUGUGUGCGAGCGAGUGUGAUACAGUCUGCACAAAGUUUUUUUUUUUCUGUUGCUUACCGAGACGUAUGAAACAUAAAGAGGCCAUUUUUGUCUUAUUUUGUUCAGUAAUUUCUCCUCAUGUUCAGAGAGAGAGUGUGUGUGUUCAUCUGUUCGUUCCGAGAGUGUGACUGAACCAGAGAGAGAGGGCAAACCGCACAAACAUCCUUUCUCUCACCAGCUCUUCAUCUUCAGAUAGAUGCGUACAUUUUGUAAAUGUUAGCUUUGUUCUCACGACGGCUCACCGCCGGUUUGGUUCCCUCUGCCUCUCUGCCGUCUGCGGUUCUUAAAGGGCCGGCAGAGGCGGCGAUCGUCAAGGGGGAGUUGGCGCGUGUGCAUCUGAGUUAGUUUUGUAUGUUUGCGACUGUGUGUGUGUGUUUUGAGGAUGUGUUCAUUUACUGUUCAUAGAAGUGAGUUAAGACUACAGGUACUCAUUGUGCUUUUUUUUUUUUUUUUUUUUUUUAUUUCCUACGUGUAUGAAUGCACAUUUGUGCCUAAGAACUUUGAUAUAGGGUGCAUGGCCAUUGAGACAUUAACUCUAUUCAAGAGUGGAUGUGACGUGUGUCGGUGCUCAGCACAUUGUAUGUAAAGUUUGUAAGUUUAUAUCGUAAAUAUUUCUAGUUGUUUGAUUGGGGGGUGGGUGUUUGGGGUGGGAUGGUGAUCCAUCAGAAAGGUUAGUCCCAGUUUGUUUUGUUUUUUUCUGGGGGGUGUGAUGAUCACGUUGCCUUUUGUCAGCUCUCGAUCUUGUGAAUGAAAGGUGUCGAGUUUCUGACUCUGGACAAAAAAAAAAAAAAAAAAAAUACGGCAUCUUUAAUGUGCAGCUGCACAGAAGCGGUGCGAGAAAUGUUAGCAUAUUGUGUUACUUAUUCGUUGUUGCAAUUUGAUAAUGCAACAAUGAGUUUUUCUUUUUUAAUAAAAUAUAUAUAUGGAAUAUAUACAUUAUAUACAAAGUUUAAAAAGUAUUUGGACUAAGAUAAUAAGCACUUGGGGCUGCUAUUUUUGUUGUGUGUUAUUUUUUAUUUUUUUCCUAAUUAGUUUUUUUUUUUUGUUUGUUUCAUUGCCAUGUGAAGUGUGUAUUAUUUUUUUCUUAAAGCAUUGAAUGUAUUCCAAAAAAAAAUUAUAAACCCGUGCUGAUACCAGAUUUUUAUUUUUCCUCAGAAGAUUUAAAAAAAAAAUGGAAACAAAACAGAAAAAAUAGCUUCAGAGCGGUUUUCAUUUACAGAGUGGAGAAGAAGAAGAUAAAACCUCUGGUUGGAUACAGUUGAACACACUGCCUCUACAAUCCUGGUCGUAGUGACUCAGAAUUAAAAAAGAAAGGACUUUUUUUCUAUUCCAUACUGGAACUUUGGUUGUUUACAAGCCACAUGGAUAACUGUGGGUGCAGUUUUGUUUAUUUUUUGUUAUGUUGUUUGUGGUCUUAGUUUUUGUUCCCACAUGAGACGGGUGGGGUUUGCAAGUGCGCUUCUGCCAUAAGGACAACGAGUGGUGUUGGGGUGUUUUGUUGUUUUUUUUUUUUUUUUUUUUUUGCUUGAGGAUGAGCGACAGGAAUCUGAACCGCAUGGACAAGCUCCUCUGAAUCGGCCUUGUUAAUGAAAACGCAAAAACCUCGAGGACGGACUUUCUGGAGAACGCGGCGCAGGGCUGAAUUGAGCCUUGAGGGAGGCCAAAAAAAACAAAAACAAAGAGAGGAGUACAUCUGGUUUGUGCGCUCGUUUUCACCUCAACCCUCCUACGCACUCGCACCCUGCCCUCACCGACUCACCUAUGCACUUUUGUUCAUUCAAGCUGUGAGGUACAAUUCUGGGGACGGGAGCACAAUUUACAACAGGAGGAUUGCUACGACUUUGAUUAAAAGUCUCAAAAAAAGAUAUUCCCUAACUGAAAUGAGAGACUCGAGAAGCCCUGUCUUCUCCCACCUCCUGUAAAUAAGCAUAUUUUUGUAUUACCUUUCAGAGUAGAAAGAGAAAAAAAAAAUUUGCAAAUGGAUGAAGGAAAAUUCAUGAGACAUUGGACGGAUGUUCUUCAUGGAAAGAAACCAAUCGUUUUCAAUACAGUUUUAAGUGGACUCGCUGUGAGUUUCCCUUUAUAUGCCACUAACCUUGAAAUAAUUGGGGGGACGGAAGGGAAACGAGCACGGACCGAGGUGUUGGAUAUGCAAGCUGGUGGCUACGUAUCAGAGCGGAGGUUGGAGUGGCCACGAGUUUGAUCGACUCGCACCGUCGAGAAGCGUGUUCUGAAGAGCUGUCGCCAAGGAUGCUUCCACUUGGUUUUCCCAACCUGACGGCUGCCUUCAGAGCUGUGAAGUACCUGCAGGAGGAGAGCUGCAUGGAGAUUGGCGUUGCUUCAUUUGCUGCCCUCUGUGAUGAGGAUUUAAUCUGCGGCCAACCCAUGAAUCAGCUCAACUAAUAAACUAAACCUGCUCUUUUGAACUUUUUACCCUAAGACACUUGCCUCGUCCUCGGACUAGGCAGGCCAAUCGGCAUUAUCAGUCGGACAGUUCGCCGACCAUCGCGUUUGGCUCGGGGUUUGAUCAGACGCUCUCCAGUGAGGAAGAGAGCAAAACGGGCACGUGCUGGUCGUUAUCCACCUCAGCCUGAAGCCUUGGACGGACGGUUGCGUUGAAGCCUCCUAACCAAGUGAGAUGUACAACCAGCUCUCCAGUCUGAGACGUCAAAGACAAGAAAACACAGAGAGGUUGCGGCUGUCUGAAACCCCUGCUGCCGUGGAACUGGAUAGACUUGGAAAGAUUUGUACAAAACAAAAAGACUAAAACACGACGAGUACACAAACAUGUUGCAGAAAUUCUCACGUCCAAAGGAGCAGCAAACAUACACUACAUGCACAUUUCCAGCAGGAGUUACACAUCAUUGAGAUCCAUAAAUAUCAACUCACAGAGACAUAGCGCUCACAUCAGCGCUCAUCAGUUGAAUGGAUGUGAUUUGUAAAUAAUGUAAAAGUUGGUUUGGGUUACUUUUCUGUUUCUCAUAGUGGGGUUUUGCUUUAUUUUACUGUUCGACAUGCCUUAAAUUGUAUAGUUGAGUCUUGAAUGACUGAAAAUGUUCUCAAUGAAAAACUUUAGUUGGAAACCACCUCGUUAACUGUAUUCAGGUUUAAGAACAGUGCUUUUCCUGUUGGCUAACAGAAUUGUUGUGUAUAGACCUCAUACAUGUACAUCCAAUCACCUUUAAAAGUUACUAGCUAACUACAGAGUAGAGCGGCAAGUGUUUAAUGUUUUUUGUUGGUUUUUUUUAAUCAAAAUUCGGAUUUUGUUGCUCUUGUUUUCAUGAAAAUGCAGAGUGAAUUUGUUCGGAGUAUUUUUUUAUUUUAUUUUUUGGUUUUCUGAAGGUGGUGUGGGCUGAACGAGCUGAAGUCUGUACUCGUUGGCGCUGAGCCGACUGGGUUACAUUUACAUAACCGCCCCUCAUGACGCCGCAUCAGAACUGGGCUUAAAUAUGCAGCUUGGGUUAAUUGGUCAACCUUAAAUUUUAGAUACGAGUUAGUGCAUUUGUACUCUUUACAGCAUACAGAUUAGCAUGUUUGAGAGCAUCUCUCAGGCUCGUAUGCAUGCUAAGAGAAGGCUUGACUGAUGUAUAAUUGGAAAUCUGUUGAUCGAGGUUUUCCUGGCCAGCCUCGAUAGUCCUUUGCAUUUAGAUUUGUAUGAACAAUUUUGUCCAUUCAGAUUUCUCUAAUGACUUAUACGGUAGUGAGAAAAAUGUGCUGCAGGUUACUUGGUAGAGGUGGUCAUUUUAAAUUGAAAAUAUGUGAAAGAAUUACCAGAUGAUUCCCAUUUGUGGGGCAAACCCAGUGGCAGUUUGUGCGUGGCGUAGCCCCUGUUCCCACGUUAAACCGAACACACACACCUCCAACCCUGAUGAACGCUAUUCUGGGGGGAAAAAGGAAACAUUUUAUAUAACUUGGCUGAAACUAGGAAUUUUAUCCAUGCCCCAAUCUACCUUUGAGAUUUUAGGAUUUUAAACUAGGGAUCAUCAAAUGUAGGGCCAGUUUGUUUGAAAAAAGUUGAAAUGGCCCUUUAAUUUAGUAUUGAACUUGUAGCUGCAGAUUAGACACCAGCUUGAGCCUCAGUGCCCAGGUGCAGCAAACAGUUAUGUUUUCCUACAGUGCAAAACAGCGGGGGGGGGGGGGGGCGCUGCUCCCCAUUGACUGAACAUGCGAUUAAGCUAAAAAAAAAAUAUUAGAAAGCAACUGUGCAGCUGGUGGGUUUUUUUUUUUUUUUCUUUUCAAUUGCUAAUGGUGACGCCCCCACCCUCACCAGAACACACCACCCUGGGUGGAGAGCCAUAUGUUUAACAUUUCUCAGAUUUUCAUUAAACUAAAAAUAAAUUAAAAAAAAAAAAUAGAAAGGUACACACUGUUAGUUGAUGACAGCAAAUUGUCUCUGUUUGAGAAUGGUUGGUUUUGGAGGUGAAGCUUUAGCUCUCUUUGGUCUGUGUACCUGAUUGCACUGAAUCUGCAAAGACUGGACCAAUCAGCUGGAUCUGAGUAUGUAAAGAGAGCUUAGUGUGUUCAUUUAUUAUGCAAAAAUGUGCUUUAAGCAACUGUAGCAUAUUUUUAAGAUGACAUUCAGUAUUUUUACUUUACUAAAAAGGGCUUUUAUGAUAAUGUAACCUGCAGUACCUUUGUCUAAAAAGAAGAAUAGAGGACGAUUGAUUGGGGACCUCUAAAUUGAUUGUUAUUCUUUUGCAGCAAAUUUAAAUCUGAUUCUGGUUGAUUAGUUAUUGUAGCCCAGUCAGCUCAGCUCCCUUUGUUUCGAGUCUGUUGAAUGUUGUUCAAAUAACAGCAAACUGUACAUUAAAUGAAAAAGAACAAGUGAAACAUGUGUAAAUAGUUUGGCUCCUGUUUGAAGAACAAAAUAAAUACUAAAUAAACAGCA